AUGGAGAAAGGGACGAAUUCACAGGUAUCAUCCGGAUCUUCGUAUGAGGUUUUUCUGAGUUUUCGAGGAGCGGACACCCGUUAUGAAUUCACCGAUCAUCUUUACCAUGGCAUGGUUGAGGCUGGGAUCAUCGUCUUUAGGGACAAUGAAUCCCUCCAUGUCGGUAAGGAAAUUGGUGGUGAACUUCUACGAGCAAUUGAGAACUCCAAGAUCUACAUUCCCAUAUUCUCAGAGAAUUAUGCUUCGAGUGAUUGGUGCCUCCGAGAGCUCGCAUACAUGGUCGAGUGCACCUCGAAAUCAAAUGGAAACAAAGAGAUUCUGCCGAUUUUCUUGAACGUGGAACCUGCUGAUGUCAAGUUGAAAACAUACUUGUACAAACAACCACUUUCAAAGCGUAAGAAGACAGGGUGCGCUGAAGCAGAGUCAUGGGAAAAGGCUCUCGUUGAGGUGGGCAAGAAAAAGGGAUGGAACUGGCAAAAAGAUCAAGGCCAAGUAGAUUUGAUACAAUCUGUAAAGCAAACUGUGUUGACUAAGCUGAAUAUCGGAUUUAAAAAAAAUGUGACUGAACAUCUGGUUGGAGUUGAUGAUCGUGUAGAAGAUAUAAUCAAAAUGUUGCAUGUGGAAUCAGAUAGCGUACAAUUCCUCGGAAUCCAUGGAAUGGGCGGGAUUGGCAAAACAACACUUGCCAAGGUCAUCUUUAACCGACUGUCUUCUCACUUCCGAGUCUGCAAUUUCCUUUCCGACAUCGGAGAGUCAUCACGACGUCAUGGUCUGGUACAUUUGCAAAAACAGUUACUAUCCAAGUUCCUCGAUUCUCAUUCUAACCUCGACCAAAUUCACGACGUGGAUGAUGGGAUUGACAUGAUUAAGAGAGUAUUUCGCAAUAAAAAAGUUUUCAUUGUUCUUGACGACGUGGAUGAGAAAGAGCAACUCAAAAGAUUAGCAGAAAAGGGCAAUUGGUUUGGUUCCGGUAGUAGAAUUAUCAUAACUACUAGGGACCAAAGUGUCCUAAUGAUUGAGGGAGAAGCAACAGAUGAAGGCCCUGUAAAAAAGUUUGCAAAUGUUUGGACUUACGAAGCACAUGCAAUGGAAUUUGAUCAUGCUCUUAAGCUUUUUAGUAGGCAUGCUUUUAGAAGAGACUCUCCACCAUACCAUUAUGUCUCCCUUUCAAAGGCAAUUGUCUCUACUUUGGGAAAGCUUCCAUUGGCUCUUGAGAUUAUAGGUUCAUCCCUUAGCGGUAAAUCCAAAAAAAUAUGGGUAGACACAUUGAAGAAGCUAGAAGAAGCUCCUCCCAUGGGAGUCCAAAAAAAAUUGAUGGUAUCUUAUGAAAGGUUAGAUCAUGCACAAAAGCAAGUAUUUAUGGAUAUAGCUUGUUUUUUUGUUGGUUGGGACAAAACAUACCCUCUGUACAUGUGGGAUGAAUGUGGAUAUCACCCACACGAUUCCCUUGAAGUCCUCUCUCUCAUGUCCUUGAUAAAAAUCAAAGGCAACAAUACUUUCUGGAUGCAUGAUCAAGUGCGGGACCUCGGAAGGGAGAUUGUCCGUCAAGAGAAUUUCAACGAUCCCCGCGAGCGUAGCAGAGUGUGGAAUCAUAAGGAAGCCCUGAGCAUUCUGCAGCUGAAAGAGGGAAGUCGGAAAAUAGAAGCACUGUCUGCAGGAUAUCAUGGAAAUGAAGACGUUAUUCUAAAGCAUGAUGAAUUUGCUAAUUUGCGGAACCUGAGGUUCUUUCAGGGGGAUAGGGUGUUAUUUGUUGGAGACUUCAAUAAUCUUCUCUUCAAUUUAAAAUGGAUUUCUUGGCAAAGUUGCCCUCCCAAGUUUGAGGCAACAAACUUUCAUCCGACUAAUUUAGUCGUUCUUGACCUUUCACGUAGCCAUAUUUCUGAGGAAUGGAUUGGCUGGAACCAAAUCAAAGAGGCCAGAAAACUAAAAGUACUAAAUCUCAGCUACUGCAAAUCCUUAAAGAGAACACCUGAUUUAUCUACGUGGGUAUCCUUGGAGAUAUUGGUUUUUGAGGGCUGUUCCAACUUAAUUGAAAUUAACCCAUCCGUUGGUAAAUUAAAGCUCCUAACUUCUUUGAACUUGGGGGGAUGUCAGUUUCUUCAAGAGUUGCCUAAAGAAAUAGGAAGUCUACAAGCUUUGACAGAGAUUGUCAUGCCUAAAAUGCUACAUGAACUUCCGGAGACGUUUGGUAAUUUGCAGUCACUAUUGACCUUAGAUGUAGCAGAUAGGAACAUCAACAAAUUGCCAUACUCGAUUGGAGGGCUGGUGAAACUUACGCGGUUGAAUUUAUCUAGCAUAUACAUAAAGGAACUUCCAGAUUCAGUUGGGAAAUUACAAUCAUUAGUUGAGUUGGAUUUGUCACGGACGAGAAUUUGUCACCUACCCGAUUCAAUCGGCAAUCUAAAGCAACUGAAGGUAUUAAGGAUGAGAGACAUAGAAGGGAUUACAAAAUUGCCAAGUGCGAUUGGGCUGGUGGAGAAGCUCGAAGAGUUGGAUGCUCACGAAUGUUGCAACUUGACCGGCGAAAUCCCCGAAGAAAUUGGGAGACUGUCCUGUUUGAGGAUCCUAGACUUGUCAAACACAUGUAUAUCCGGAUUACCGACCACGAUGAGUCACCUCUCUAAUCUCCAAAUACUUAAGCUAGAAAUAUGUCCCGAGCUGAAACAAUUGCCGGAGCUUCCCCCAAGUUUGACUUGGCUGAUAUGGAGCUCUUUUUAUUUCGGGUAUUCCUCCUUGAUAGCCCAUGGCGUUUCCACUAGAAUUGGUUCCCUAUCUCAACAGGGACCACUUGUCGCCACUCUUCCCACUAGCAUCGGUACCCAAUCUCAUCUUAAAACACUAUCAUUGUCCUGCAAAUACGUGCAAUUCCUCCCCCGGCUCCCGUCUAGUUUAAGAGAGUUACGACUUCAAGAUCUGGCGACCACACGAUCACUGGAUUUUUCCAAUUUGAAAAACUUGUCAUUCUUGGCAUUCUAUGAAUGUUCGCUAGAAUUCUCGAGUAUAUUUGAUGCGGAGUCGGAGGAACUCCGUAUGGAGUGCUGUGAGCUUAGAAAAUUGGACUCACCGUCGCAGUCGGAAAUGAAAAGUUUGAGAUUAUUAAAGAUGGUUGAUUGUGAGUUCCUUCCAGAAGUACUUGAUCUGUCGCGCAUGAAGAAUCUACGGGAGGUACGUCUGAUAGGUUGCCGUUCAUUAGUCGAGAUUCGUGGCCUUGAAGAAUUGGGAUCCCUUCGCUCCCUAUCAGUCAUCUGUUGCCCUUCCAUGGAGAGGAUGUCAGGCCUAUCGAAAUUGAAAGAGCUACGGAAGCUCGAGAUCCGCUGCAUUCUUCGGCGGGUUGCCGCAACCCCCACCCCUGCUUCCGCCUCCACCAUGAUCGCCUCCGAGAGCCUCAUCGGUGCUGACGGUGGUAAAAACCCGACAUUUCAAGAGAAGUUUGUGUUCACGCUCGUUGAAGGGCAAAGGGAGUUGAAUCUUGCGGUGUGGAACGGCAAUAUCCUCACUUUGGGCAUGACCUUGCUAUAUCUAAGAGGCUGUAGAUUUCUCCCAAAAUUAAACAAUGCACUUGUGGAUGACACAAACUCAGCCUACAAGGAAAGAUUUGCUAGCUUGCAGAACCUAGUCCUUAUUAUGUUUGAGCAAGACACUGUGCUGAUACCAAAGGAAACAUCUUGGUUCGGAUACUAUCCAGAUGGAACUUUUGAUACUGGUUUGCCUCCCCAGGAGACCGAGCUUUACACCAAGGUUUGGAUUGGAUUGACGACCUUGAUAGCUAGGAAAGUCAAAUUCAUCGACGUCUCUAGGAACCAUCUCCUGAUCUCUCUCGCCGACAUGCAAAACUAUAUAGUUCCUUACUCGGUGCAUGAUGCAUCUUUAGCAAAGAACAUGGCAACAGGAAUGGCUUCUUGUAGUUGGAGCCCAUGGGUUCAGGGUUUGUAUCGAAGAAUGGUUACGCUAUCCGAGGAUUGGCUGGUGGAUCAAAUCAAUGGUUGA